AUGGGUUGGCUCUUCAGCAGCAGCAGCAGCAGCUCAGGCGACUCCAAGGAGCUCCAGACUAAGGUCAAGGAGCUCCAGGAGAAGCUUGAUGCCACCAAGACUCAACUAGACACCCGGGAUUCCGAGAUCAAGAACUUGGUUCAGCGUGCCGAUGAGCUCGCUGCCGCCAAGAAGCCUCUGGAGGAUGAGAAGACGGAACUCGAGGCCAAGCUCAAGAAGGCGAGCGAGGACCUGAGCACCAGGGACAGUGAGAUCAAGGACCUGCUCAAGAACAUUGACCAGGUGAACGCCAAGGUCGAGAGCUUGACCAAGGAGAAGGCCGCCGUCGACCAACAACUGGCCGAGGCACAGAAGGCCAAGGAGAGCGCCGAGAAGGAGGCCCAGGAGAAGAUUAAUGCUCUUGAGCAGGCCAAGGCCGAGCUGAACGCCCAGGUUGAGAAGCUCAAGUCCGAAGUUGCCGAUGUCUCUUCCAAGAACGACUCUGCCCAAAGCACCAUCACCACACUCCGCCAAGAACAAAGCAAGCUUCUUGAGGAGACCAACUCGGCCAAGGACACACUCAAGGCCGAGCUCGAUGCCAAGAUUGCUGCCUUGACAUCGGAUCUCGACACCGCCAAGGCCGACCUCUCCCGUGCCAACGAAGAGGCCGCCACCACCAAGACCAAGCUGGAGGAGCAGAUCAAGGGCCUUCAGGCUGAUCUGGAUGCUACCAAGAAGGAUGCCCAGGCUGCUGCAAGCAAGGGCACCGAGGAGGCCAAGAGUGAGGUCACCGCUCUGAACGCCAAGAUCGCCAAGUUGGAGGAGGACCUCGCGGCUGCCAACAAGGGCACCGAGACCGCCCAGGCUGAAGCAGCUACCCUGAAGACCAAGAUCAGCAAGCUCGAGGAGGACCUUGCCGCGGCCAAAUCGCAAUCCGACAAGCUUACCCAGGAGGCUGAGACGCAAAAGAAGUCCCUGGAUGACGCUAAUGCUCAAGUCCAGGCCAAGACGAAGGAGACCGAGGAUCUGCUGGCAAAGCUCAAGGCUGCCGAGGCUAGUGUAGCCGAGAAGCAGGCUAGCUUGGAGAAGACCCAAGCCGAGCUUGCAAGCGCCAAGUCGUCGCUCGACUCUGACAAAUCUGCCGGUGCCGAGGCCUCCAAGGCGCUCGAGGCUGAAAAGGCUUCGCGCGCCGAGGCCGAGAAGGCUGCAGCCGAUGCAAAGUCUGCAUUGGAAGCUGAGCAGAAGGCUCACGCUGAGGCCAAGAGUGCUGUCGAAGCCGAGAAGGCCGCCGCAGCCGAGGCCAAGAAGGCCGUUGAGGCUGAGAAGACUGCCCACGCCGAGACCAAGGCCGCUUUGGAGGCCGAGAAGAAGGCACAUGCUGAGACCAAGACUGCAUUGGAAACCGAGAAGGCCGCUGUGGCCGAGGCUAACAAGAGCCUGGAGUCUGAGAAGGCCUCCAAGGCCGAUGCCAACACCGCUCUCGAGACGCAAAAGUCUGCUGUCGCCGAGGCUCAAAAGGCUGUCGAGGCUGAGAAGGCCGCCCACGCUGAGACCAAGUCUGCCCUGGAAGCCGAGAAGGCUGCCGCGGCCGACGCCAAGAAGGCUGUCGAGUCUGAGAAGACCACCGCCCAGGAGGCCCAGAAGGCCCUCGAGGCUGAGAAGGCUGCCCAUGCCAAGACCAAGAAGUCUUCAGAGGCCAGCACAUCGGCUGUUGCCGAGGCCCAGAAGGCUUUGGAGUCGGAGAAGACCGCCCACGCUGAGGUCAAAAAGGCUUCGGAGGCCGACAAGGCUGCACUGGCUGAGGCCCAGAAGGCCCUUGAGGCUGAGAAGGCAUCGGCAGCAGACGCCAAGAAGGCCCUCGAGGCUGAGAAGGCAACGGCAGCAGACGCCAAGAAGGCCCUCGAGGCUGAGAAGGCAACGGCAGCAGACGCCAAGAAGGCCCUCGAGGCUGAGAAGGCAUCGGCAGCAGACGCCAAGAAGGCUCUCGAGACCGAGACGGCAGCCACAAAGGAGGCCAAGAAGGCCGCCGAGGACGCGCAGUCCAAGGUUACCAAGCUCGAGGGUCUCUUGGCCGAGUCGCAGGCUGCUGUCAAGCUUGGCGAGGAGACCACGGCCAAGCUCAAGAAGGUCGAGGAGGAGACCAAGUCCCUGAGCAAGCGCCUCGCCGACGCCGAGAAGGAGUCCAAGGAGCUCAGCGCCAAGGCUGAGGAGUGGCAGACCAAGGCUACUGCGGCCGAGUCGAGGACAACAGAGCUCGAGGCCAAGGUCAAGGAGCUGAGCGAGCAGAAGAAGGAGGAGGCCAAGGCCGAGUAA